AAGACCUUCGGGAGAAGAAAUUGUGUUUUACCAUUUGCAACGAGCAGUGAUUGUCAUCAAGGCCGGAAUUCUUGAAGGGUUUCUGGUUGGUUCACCAUGAUGAUGUGCCGAUUGUCUCUUGCGAUGGUGGUAGCUGUUCGGAGCAUUUUUCAUCUAGGAAUAUGCACUGAACUUUCAUGCGACCAAGAACUGUCCUGCCCUUCAGCUUUGUAUAAAGACGGGUCAAUUGUCAGGAGCUUAGCAAGGAGAUCGAACAAUUCUAAAGAUACAGCCAUCGUCAGUCAUCUUGUCGACUGCCAUACAAGUAAUGCUUGUUUGAACAACCCCUGUCGGAAUAGAGGGUCUUGCCUGGAAGAUAACACAGGGUCAUUCCACUGCCAUUGCAAGCUUGGUUUCGACGGGGAAACGUGCGAUAUCCUAGCUCAACUUCUGAUCAUAACAAAUGACGAAAAACAAGUUUUGCUCGCCAACGUGUCAGAUUUCUCGUUUUCAGCUUUAUAUACUACCGACGACGAAGAAAUUGAUGGGUCCGUAUUCGAUGAGGAGGACGGUGCGAUAUUUUAUGCUCAUGACACACCCUCUGGCAAAUACGACUUCGGUAUAAGAAUGGCAACAGGAAUGAAUACUUCGAUUGAUAUUUUUAACAAUAAUCAAUGUUUAUGUACUCUAUGAGCAGCAGGGCAAUAUAUCGCAGGGAUUUGAAAUCUAAUCACGAUGGAUAUACUCUGAUUACUGAUAAUCGCGAUUUCUUCAGGCCCGUCGGGUUUAGCUUCGAUGAAGAUGAUGAGCGACUUUACUUUAUUAUUCGUUGGCCUGACACUGAAGAGUACAUUUUCUAUUACGAUGUUAGAAAGGGAACUGGUAGGCAUAUCCUGACGAAGCUAGAUGGGCGGAGUCCAACCAACAUUAUUUCCACAGGAGGUUGGUUAAUAUGGGCAGAGGCGGUGAAUAGGCAUCUCUGCAAAAUACAUCUGAUUGAGCAAGGAGAAAGUCUUGAAUGUGUCGACGUCCCACUAGUGUCUACCUCGUCGUUUUCUCCUAAAAUGUCACUGCGAAGAGUUCAAGCCUAUCAGUAGUAUUGGUAAAUUCACCAAUGUGCAUGUCAUUCUUUCAAUUCACUACUUUAUAAUGAAUCAACGUGUGUGCCGAAAAGCACCAAUGAUGUGAAGGUUAUAUUUUGUUUUAAUGUGCAUUAUUGGAUAAAUUUUCCGAUUAUACACCUUUUUUGGAUCGGGUGCCGAUGAAGAAAAAAAUAUUUCUUUACUUUUCUCUAGCAUGGAAUCUGCUCUAAAUUUCAGAAUAUAAUCUUCAUCUGUAGCUCUCUAAUACUCAAUUACUAAAUUUGCUAAUUAAGUGCUGAAAUUGCGAUUUGUGAAUAAAACUAGGAACAUUACCAAAAGAGUAUAAUGCACAUUAUUGACCUUUUACCAUAAGCUUUUAAAGGGCUAAGCUUUUGUGAUCAGACACUAUCCCUUGAGGACUAAUCCAUGCAAUUACACAUUUAUGAAACGAUCCUUUGGGGUCAAGACUAUGAACGCUUUCAGUGAGUCAGAAAACCAUCUAGUCGAUUCGACAGUCCCAUAGGCUCAGUAAACCAACCUAGAAAUAAUUUAUCUGUUCCUGUUCUUGUGAGGUCCUAGAACAGAUUCAGCUUGGUUGCCCAAACGGCAACUUUGGGCAUUUUUCUAACUUGCAUAGAUCCAAAAUGGCUGCCAGCUGUACAACUUCAAAAUAAAUAAUUUUUAAACUCCUUUUCCAGAAAAUGAUGAGGAAUGCCUCUCCUAAGGGUUUUGAGGUGUGUAUUUUUGUUGUAAUUUUUGCCAUAUAAGGUCAUCUUCGGGUCAAAUUCAAAAUUCAAAAUCUUGAACAAAAAAUAGUCUGAACCCCUUGCCCCAGGAUGAUGAAUAAAACCUCUUUUUUAAGGGAUUUAGGGUGUGUAGAAUCCUUUUAUGUUAUUUAUUUUGCAAUGUAAGGUCAUCUUCAGAUUAAAUCCAAGAUGGCCGCCAGGCGCCAGGUCGACGCAAUCUUGAGAAAUUAACUUUUGAACCCUUUUCACCAGGAUGAUGAGCAAUACCUCAUUUUAAUGGUUUUUGUCUCACCUGCAUAGCAGAGUGAGAC